AUUCCCUGCCGGGCGCCCCGCUACACGUGAGGAAUGUCUGAUGUAUAGAGAUAGAUUAUCCGAGGCCCGGAAUUACACACAAAGAACAGUCAUGAGGGGUCACAUAUGAUCCUCGAUGAAAAACAUGAGAAAAGACCAGAAUUAAACCGGAUAUGGUCCCGAUCCGUUUCAGGAAUGUGUACAUCUUGUUGCCUGUGUUUGUGCUAACCCAGCUGGUGCUGUUUGGCGCUAUUUUCUCGCGAAAGUGUUCCUAUUUAUCCUGGCUCUGGAACGGGUGCGAGGAAGAGAAGCCACUCUGUCCACUGAUUUCACCUCAUUUAAAGGGUACAGUAGAGGUGGAGACUUACGUUCCUGCCUGGCAGACGAUAGAAAAUAACUACCCCAUGUUACAAAAUGGCGGACGUUACCAGCCUCCUGACUGCACGGCCCGCUACAGGGUGGCGCUGAUUAUUCCUUUCCGGGACCGCGAUAUCCACCUCAAAAUACUGCUUAACAACAUCCACGGCUUCCUCAUGAGGCAGCAGCUUGACUACGGGAUAUUCCUCAUCGAUUUGGAGGAGACAAUCCCGUUCAACAGAGCCCUGCUGUUAAACGUUGGUUUCCUGGAGGCGAACAAAGUCCAUGAUUAUCAGUGUUACGUGUUCCACGACGUCGACCUCAUACCGGAGAAUGACCACAACAUGUACUCGUGUCCAGAACAACCCAGACACAUUUCUGUAGCCAUAGAUAAAAUGAAUUAUAGACUUCCGUACACACAGAUAUUUGGGGGCGUGUCCGCCAUGACGAGGGAACAGAUGCUGGCUGUGAACGGUUACUCUAACAGGUUCUUUGGUUGGGGAGGAGAAGAUGAUGACAUGUACAACAGGUUAAAAUAUCACAACCUGACGAUUAGCCGGUAUACUGGAGACGUGGCCCGAUACAAGAUGCUCUCACACCGGCGAGACGAUGGGAACCCCCAGAGAUUCGCUUUGAUUAAAUCUGAAAAGAAACACAACCACCAGGACGGACUAAGUACCCUCAAGUACAACGUCACAAAGAGGGUGACGAAACGCCUCUACACCUACAUCCGGGUCUCCGUAGAUCAGAAACAACUCGCUCUUGGUCACGGCUGACAGUAGUUAAAAGCAACUAAAAACUGUGCAGCAAAAAGUCACGGCAAUACCAAUAAAGCAAUGAAAUUCCACGGGAUUGUGUGCCAGAAGGACCGGGCUCGUGUUCCUAUAGUUACCAGUGAGGGUGAAAUGCCCAGAAACUUGAGGGACUCGAGGAUAUGACGUCAUAAUGCAAAGAGAGAAUUGAACUAUACUAUAUUUAUUUUUUUUUCACUUUGACAUAACUAGAAAAGUGUAUCAUUUGUGCCAAAUUUUGCGCGUUAUUCUAAUUAACAUUCCAUGAACUGCGACAAACAAUAAACACGGUGUCAAUGCUUUCUUAUUUUUUGCUCUCUGAUGGAGAAAUAUUAACAUGAUAACCAUGACGAGUAUUGUAAUGAGGAACACUUUAGUAGCGUUUCAGGAACUAAUUAAAUCUAGAACAUAUUA